GGUGCAUCAUUCAUUUGUCCAAGAAUUUUUACUUCAAAAAAAAAAAAAAAAAAAAAACAUCAUAGAAUAGCUGAGGCUGCAACAUAAAAAUUCAGAGCCCAAAGAAAACCACCCCUCUGGAUGUUCACGUUUGAUUUUUGGUUUCGUGCUUUGCUGCAAUGGUAGGUCACUCCGGUCGUAGGGAAGUUAGAAUCGCCGUCGCGGGUGACGGAGGCACCGGAAAAUCCACACUCAUCGCCGCUAUGGUGUCGGAGUCUUUCCCCGAGUUCGUUCCGCACGUGCUUCCCCCCACUCGAUUGCCCCAUAAUACGUAUCCCGAUUCUGUUCCUCUUACCCUCAUUGACACUCCUUCCAGAUGUGAUUUGUUUUGUUUUAGCUUGGAAAAACGAGGUGCUCUCAAUGAAGAAUUGAAGCGAGCUGAUGCGGUGGUUUUAACCUAUGCUUGUGAUGAACCUUUGAGCUUUGAGCGUUUGAGUACUUACUGGCUCAUUGAACUGCAGAAGUUGGAGGUGAAGGCACCUAUAAUUGUGGUUGGUUGCAAGCUUGAUCUUAGGGAUGAAAACCAGUUAGUGAGCUUAGAGAGUCUCACGAGACAUAUCAUGCAACAGUUCCCCGAAAUUGUCACCUGCAUUGAAUGCUCUGCAGCUACACUUUAUCAGGUCCCUCAAGUUUUUUAUUUUGCCCAAAAUGCGGUACUGCAUCCAGUAGAUCCGUUGUUUGAUUAUGAAAGAAAUGCUUUAACAGAUCGAUGUGUAAGGGCAUUGAGAAGAAUAUUUGUUCUUUGUGAUCACGACAUGGAUGGUGCCCUCAAUGAUGAAGAACUAAAUGAGUUUCAGGUUAGAUGCUUCAAUGCACCAUUGCAGCCAUUUGAAAUUGAAAAGGUCAAAACAAUUGUAGAGCAGAAAGUACCUGAAGGAGUGAACUCUCUUGGUCUUAUUUUUCCAGGCUUUAUUUAUGUCCAUAAUAUGUUUUUAAAGAAAGGGCAAACAGAGACAUUCUGGGCUGUUCUAAGAAAGUUUGGAUAUGAUAAUGAUUUAAAACUCCGACAUGAUUUCCUUCCUUUUCCAUCUAAGCAGGCUUCUGAUCAGAGUGUGGAGCUAACAAGUCAAGCUAUAGAGUUUCUCAAUGGUAUCUUUCGAUUGCUAGAUACGGAUAAAGAUCGAGCCCUGCGACCUGCUGAAGUUGAUAAGCUAUUUGAUGCUGCUCCAGAAAGUCCGUGGAAUGAUGCUCCAUAUAAGGAUGCAGCCGAGAAAACUGACAUGGGUUAUAUAUCUCUAAACGGAUUUCUGUCUCAGUGGGCCCUUAUGACAUUACUUGAUCCACCAAAUAGCUUGGCUAAUUUGAUUUACAUUGGAUAUAGUGGUAAUCCUGCUACAGCACUCCGUGUCACUCGUAGAAGAUCAGUAGAUCGCAAGAAGCAAACAACAGAAAGAAAUGUGUUCCAAUGCUAUGUUUUUGGUUCUAAAAAUUCCGGGAAAUCUGCUUUGCUGUAUUCAUUGUUGGGAAGGCCUUUCUCAAAUAAUUAUACUCCGACAACAGUUGAGCAGUAUGCCGCAAGUAUCAUUGAUUUAACAGGGGUGAGGGGAACUAAGAAAACUCUCGUAUUGCGCGAGAUACCAGAGGAUGGAGUAUCAAAUUUUUUGUCAAAUCAGGAUUGUUUGGCUGCAUGUGAUGUAGCUGUCUUUGUGUAUGACAGCUCACAGGAAUAUUCAUGGAAGAAAUCCAGAGGUUUGCUUGAGAUGGUUGUUAGACAAGGAGAACUAACUGGUUUUAGAGUUCCUUGCCUCCUCAUUGCUGCUAAGGAUGAUUUAAUUCCAUUCCCAAGGGCAGUACUAGAUUCGGUUAAGGUUACUCAGGAAUUUGGAAUAGAGGCACCUAUUCACGUAAGCAUGAAAUUAGGUGAUUCAAGUAAUGUGUAUAGUAAGAUUGUUAAUGCAGCAGAACACCCUCAUUUGAGCAUUCCAGAAACUGAGAUUGCAAGGAAAAGAAAGCAACGCCACCAGCUUCUUCAUCACUCUCUUAUUUUUGCUUUAGUUGGGGCAGCUAUGGCAUUUGUUGGUUUAACAGCUUGUCGUGCACGUGCAGUCAAGAAGAAUUCUUCUGCUUAGCCAUCAAGCAACUGUUUGAUAUUGAUGCUAAACUACAUUAACAGUUGACGCAAUGCCCAGUAUUUUGCAUUCUAACCUUGGGCAAGUUAGAAUAUUUGAUGUAUAUUACUAAGGAAGAAGUUAUAAUUACUACAUUUUUUCUUAUUAAUUUUUCCUACCAAAUCUUAACUGUUGAUUUCCCUUAAUCUAACGGUUAUAAUUUA